AUGAGAAUUUCGAAGGUAGGAUGGAGGGUCGUUUGCGCGAUCCUCUGCGUUUGCGUCGCCUCCACGAGGACGUACACCGUUUACGUCAUCAAUCCGCAGACCUACGUUCCGAAGGUGAUCGAGACGGAACAGGCUUACCGUGAAGCCGACGAUCUAAACCGAGGGGACGACUAUGGAUCGAAGUUCAUUCCCAUAAAGUCGCCCCGCGUGGACCAUCGACUGGCCACGCUGCCUUUGGACCCGGACGCUGAGAUGCUUCCGGCUCAUUACACCGGCGUGAAGCCACCCGGCGUCGAUCACAUGGAGCUGAAAUAUGCGGUGCCGCAGGUAGCCAAGGGGAGCCCUGAGUCUCAAUCGUUGAGAAAAUCAGAUCAGGCCGGAGGCAGUCGCCACGCGUCAGCGAAGCAAGAGGGUAGCGUUCAGGAUGUUCGAGAGGGGCGACGGAAAGUGGUUUCUUCCGAGAGGGGACAAAAAGGUGAUCGUAGGAAGGAGAAGAAGAAGACCGAGUACAGCGAGGAUGGAGGGAAGAGGACGAGUCAUUCCGAUGGCGGUGGGAGUUCCAGGCGGGACAAGGAGAGGGAUGAGUACAAUAAAGAUCAUGAUUUUUACGACAACGAUGACCAAGGUGGACACUCGAAGAAACACGGACGGUACAAAGAGAAACACGUCGCCACCGAGGGCACGUACAAGAAGGGUGCGAGCACUGAUUCAGGGGACGACGAAGCGGAAGACCACAAGAAGGGAAUCGCGGUGAACUCCCAGGCCGAGCAGGAAUCCAAAGGUCACGUCGCCGGUCGCGGUUACGAUGAAGUCUUUAAAAACUUCCAGGGAUUCGCGAAACAGGCCGACCGAGCAGAGGGUAAAAAGUUUGGCUUCGCCGAGGCGAAGGCGCGCUAG